AUGGUUCUUCGCAGCUUCGUGAACCUGGGAGAACGCUCCGGUGCCUCGUACGCCCGCCGCCGCGCGUCCAACGUGUCGUCGUCCACGGCGCAGAAGGGCUACUCGCACCCGUUUUUCAAGCCCUCCUACUCCAAACCCCAGGAACUGCUUAUAGUUGACGAUGUGGCAAGGGAAGAUUACGGCAACAAAACAAACAACAGCUCACACCACCGGUACAUUGCGCCGGUGGUGAUGGUGACGCAGAACUAUGUGAUUCUGGACCGGUCGUUGAACCAGCGACAGGAGGAAGAGGCCGGGCUUCACGGCCGCAUCCUGCUAAAGAAGGCUCCUAGAAAGACCAACAAGAACGGCCACAUGAGCGUGAGCAUUGGUCCGUCAUUGAACGGCGGCAAGCUGCUGAGUCUGCGGCGGUCGAACUCGUCCACCGUGCGGACGUACCAGGUGGAUACGGCUGUUGCAGUUGGCAAGCAGCAACGAGGAUAUUCCACCGUAUCUGAGUUGGAGAAACAGUUUUCCAACCUGAAGGUGCAGGAACAGAGGGAAGAGCCGGCGAAGGAGCCGGUGUUUGCCAAGAGCCACCACGAAGUGAUGAUCGACCAGUUUCUGGAAACAAACAAGCCCAACGAGGUUCUGGCCGUGUACCUGAACCUGCGAGGCAACGAUGUUGUUCCGUCGCUGGAGCUUUACAACAAGAUUUUGCGGUCGAUUCCAUUGCGCGACGGUACGGGCGAGUCCACCGAGGAGAAGUUGACGCAUCUGCUGAACGUUUACUCGGACAUGUUGUCCAACAACGUCAAGCCGUCGAACUCGACCUAUGAGCUGGUGGUUGGUCCGUUGCUUAAAGGAGCACAGAAGAGCUACCGUGCAGGCAACUUCCGCGACGGCAGCGACUUCGUCAAGAUCGCCAAGGAGCUGUUUUUGAUCAGCCACAACUCCAAGUCGCUGAUCAGAUUCAACCAAACAACUUACGUCGAAUUGGUGCAAUGUCUCAACAAGUACCAGCUGGUGAACGCGAUUGCUCCAGACGCCUUGUACGCAAUUUGCAAGGAGAAGGUGGACAUGACUGCGAACGUGACCUUGUUUGUGGAGCUGAUCAAAUUUGCUGGCUACUCCAGAGACAUCAAGCUGGUCAGACAGCUGUACCGCGAGAUGGGCGAGUCUCUGGCACCAGAGCUAUUGGAGGCCCACCAGUACGAGAUCUACGCGGUGUUGAUCCAGUCGAUGCUGUUGUGCGACAAGAGCGUGGAGGCAACCAAGUUUCUGGACUCUUUGGUUGCAACCACCGAAAGAGACCAAAGAGACAGUUUGCAAGAACUGUUGUCCAGCUACAUCCGUGGCCAGGCGAUUAUGAACCCAAAGGUGGCCUUCGAAACGUACCUCAAGUUCAACAAGAUCCACUGGCUUCCAGACGUUUCUGUGGCCAGUCUGCUUGUGGUGUUCAAGAGAUUUAUCGACAUGCAAGACUUUGAGUCCUCGUUAAAAGUCUGGGACAUGGUUGUUCCUAGAAAAGACUUUGACGCGUCGAUUGCACAGCUGUCCUCGAUGGACGGCUACGAAUACCUGUCAAGUUUCCUGGACGACGCUACGCAAUUGAUGCUGUACAAAUUGGACAGAUCCAACAUCAUUAGAAUCACCAGAGAAAUCAUCUUGAAGGACAACCUGGUGCUGUCCGACCAGACUCUUUUGAACUUGGUGUCGUACCUGAACAGCAACGAGAAACAGCACGAGCUGGCCACCGCCCUAAUCACCGACCAGGGAUACAAGAAGAACGAGAACAACAAGAUGAGCCUCAACAAUUACCUGUCGCUGCUUGUUGAUCUUCUCACUCCGCAACAGUACCAACUGCUGUUCGGAUCCAAUCUUUUCAAGACUGCUGUGGAGCAGUACCGAGUGGUUAAUGACAACAUCUACGGCCUGAUCAAGAUCUUUGACUAUGUCAAGGACCUGGCUCCUUCCACGGAGCAGAUCAAGCUGAAACUACAAUAUUAUGUUAAGGUUCUGAGUUUUGAGUUUGAGGACGCCUCCAACCACUAUGUGCAGCUGCCGGACGAGCUGACCAAGUUCAAGCGCACGCUUGCCGAGAUGGGUGUGUGA